ACAUAUAUAGUUCAAUAUAUUUUCUCUAUUAGAUCCCUGUCGAACUAUGACGGUCCCUGAUACAUUGAAUGCCAAACAAACAGCGGCUUUGAAAGAGUUGAUUGUAAAGAUACAAGCUGAUCCUGAUUCUUUCUUCGAAUGGACAAAUUGUAGUGCAGAGAGGGACCAUGUACUGCGUUUCCUGGAUGCAAAGAGCUAUCACGUGGAAGACGCCUACGGUAAAUUAAAGACCUACCAUGAAUUUGUAAAGAAGGAGUGUCCGAAAGAGUUCCCGUACGAAACCUUGAAAGAUGAAUUGGCCACAGGCAAGGUGUAUCUAUUGCAACCUGAUCUAGAGGGAAAUCAAUGUAUACUUGUUAUGGCCAAGGAGCAUCGAGCGGGGCAAUUCCCGCGAAAGCAAACGAUGCAACUCACGUCGAGUCUGUUCUUAUCACUCAUUGCGGCGAUGGACAAUCCUAUUCUAAAUAAUGGCGACAGAGUUACUGUAAUUGUGGAUUUGAAGGGCUUCGGAUUUAGUAAUAAGGACGAUGGUAUCUUAAAAGACGCUGGCGCGAUAGUGAGCAAAUAUUUCCCCAAUCGCAUCCGCCGUAUGGUGAUAUUGAACGCUGGAUUUAUUGUGAACACUAUGUGGAUGGCCAUUAGGCCAUUGAUUCCUUCCAGGUAUCUUGAUCUCAUACAGUUCCUCCGCCAACCGAAAGACCUGACCAAAAUUUGUCCCAAAAAUGACCUCCCGAUCACAUAUGGUGGCAUAAUCGUACCAAACUGGGAACAAUGGCUCGAUGGCACAAAUAAUGCCUUAAGAACCAGUCCUGUGCUGAAUAUACACAAGUUCUGCAGGAGAGCACAAGGCGAGAUAAUCCCCGAAAGCGAAUUGGACAGGUACGAGAUCGCGGCUUAUACUGACGCUGAAUUUGUACCAGAAGGGUUUGCUUUAGACUAGAAACCAGACGAACCUAUUUAAAAAAGAGUCCAUUGAAGGAUGUCGGCACAAUCAACACCUAUGCUCUAGUUCGAAUGUCGGUAGCUACAGAAAGGAGAAUAAAUUCCGUCUGUGUCGACGAGAAUUGAACCGAAUACACUGAAAGCGAAUCCCAACUUAGAAAUGCUAGUGAUUUUGAUUCAAUACUGGGAUUAUGAAGCAAAUCAGCUUUUCGUCAGCCUUCAAAUGAGUUUUUAGUCCAUGGAUAUUCGGCUUCAAACUGUCAUCGACAUAUAAAUUUCAAGUGCGCAUUAUUGCGUCUCGCAUAUUAAAUUUAUUUACAUUAUUAAUUUUUGAAUUCAGGUCUCGGUUAUCAAAUAAAUUGGUUAUGUAGUGUGAUGUCCGACGCGUACAGAAUUUACUUUACGAGAGUAAAUAUUCGCCGUACAGCAAAACCGCACAUUCAGUACAUAUGAAAUUGCUGGUAUCUGUCGAGAACGCCCCUAUCUACUCUCCUUUAGCCACGUUGUCGGUCAUUGAGGCUUAGUAUAUGUAAAAGCAUUAUUCUCAAUUCUGCUUCGAAUCGUACUAAAGCCUGCAAUCCUUAAGCGGAAGAGUCGGUCCGUUCGCUACCAAUGCUCGACGAAGGAAAUAUCUCUGCUCUACUAGUGCUCGACGUGGGACAGAACUGCUGUCUACUACUAAUGCUCGAUGUCCGUUCUCUACUAUUACUGCUCGAUAUGGGACAAAUCUACUCUCUACUUCUGCUUGAAACGGGACGAUCUGUCGGGGCUGUGUAGCAGAUUGCUUGUGGUCCCGUAAUGGCGAAAGUCGUCGGUAAAGGACCAGAGCCAGUUGUGAGACUGAUAUUCUGUCCAGUUGCAGUGCCGCCCACUCGGCACCAGUCGUACUCGAAUAUUUGCCGCGAGUCUAAUUCAUCUUCCAGCUUAAGGCCAGUCACAGUUACCAGUGCGACUAGUCCGAACAAUUCGAUGGCCAUUAUAGAGAUGUAUCCAAAGGUGAGAAAUGCGGGUACCAAUACAAAUGAGGCCUUCAUCUCAGCCUUGAACGUAAUCAUGUUGAAACUGGGUGAUAGUAGGUAAAAGUCACAUACAUGUAUCGUUGCUAUGACUAUCACUGCUAGCGCCCCUACUCGCAGAUUACUUCGUACGUCAUUGAAGCUUAGAUUUACGUUGCGAGUGCGAUAUGUGUAAUACAUGAGAGAACAGAGCAAAGCUAUACACCAUCCAUCGGUGAAAAGCGCAGCCCACCGCCCUGCAACAUGGUUUUGAUUUCUUGUUACAAUCAAGUAUGGGAUGAGCAUCAAAGCUGACGUGACAACCAGUAUGACGAAGGUUAUCUCAUAUAUCCACUUGCGAAUCGAAGCUCGAUAUGGACUGUCUAUGAACACUUCACACAGAAAUUUUUGCCGCGCCACAAGCGAGCUCAGCAGGGUUGCGUCCAGAAAGGCUUUAGCGGCGUGUAGCGGCAUGUCGAAGCCUCGCUUAAAAUUCAACACGUCAAGUAUAGCUAAAACGUACAAAUAAAGUACUACAGUGAAGCCCACACAUGCAAACAAGACUACCGACACAUGCACUUUCAUGCGACUCUUUGGCAAAGGUUUUUUUGAUCCUGUACAAGCAAUACCCCAGCGUGAGGAGCACCUCAAAGCAGGCGAUCAGAAGCCCCAAUAAGGUGCCAUAGAUCGUCCAAUUCUUCUCUUCUGGUAAUGAGGUGUUUUUCUCGGCAACUAAGAAUAUCAGCCCAAAUAACCCUCCAUUCAAAAUGAGAUUCAGUAGAAAGGACCAGUCGGAAAUGUGAUUCCAUUGCUUGCCUGUCAUAGUCCGCGUAUUGUAGACCUCCUUUAUCGUAAACACUAUUCCAACGCUACUGGAUGCCCGGGUACUUGUUUCACCACUUGUGGCAGAUUUAGGUGUAUCAGAAUCACUAUCUGGCGCUGAUAUUGGAAAUGACGAAUCAUGCUCCCUCACGUUUGUAGAUUCUGUUGUACUACUUUGGACAGAAAGUAUAUCAGAAUUUCGAUCUCCGUGACGAAAAUUCUCGGACGCACCUUUCUUCUCUGAUUGCCUGCCACCAGUCUCAAGAGACAUCUCCAAAGUAUCAACUUGUUUGUGAAAUUUAUGUAUACCGCACACUCGUCUCGACCUAGUCGUCUCAAUCUGGUAUAUUUGAAAUACCAGUUUAGAAAUACCAGCUUAGUUUCUUCAUUACAAAACGCGAGGCUAUUUUAGUAUGAUAUCUGUAAAAGGUGGUACUACCAGACUAUCCACUAAGCAUCUACAAAACGAGAGAUGGCUGGACUCUUUUCACAAACCUGCCAUAUGUCGACGUUACCGCAACACAACCGUCUGCUUCUGUCAUACUCCGUCACGCAAGUGGCAUGACACUGGGGAGCAGCAGCAUUUUAGCGAAAUAUACAUUUUAGUAAAAUAUAAAAGUGCUGAU